UCGGGGAGUAUUGAGAUAACACAAAACGGCCGUCGGGUACAGGCUCUGCGUUCGCUCAUGACACAAUCCUUGUGAAACAAAGAAGCCAGCCCAUGGGUGCCGGGAGUUGGUGCUCGGAGUUUGGGGGACUCCAAGGAAGGCGUCAGUCAUUCGGUGGCUUGCUCAGGAAGCGAGGCGGCACGCACGCGAAGCUGUGUCUGCGGAAAUGUCAACAGAAUCAGGAGCGAUGCAAGUUGGCAAAGUUGUCAUUCUGGGGAUGUGGCUUGGUGUCCUCUUUUUCAGUGGACCGUCAUGCCACGCUGCUCCAGCCAAAGAAAAACCCGGUGAGGCUGUCGCUGCUUUAAACCAAGACUUGGCUCCUCAAUCGAAGUUGCCUUCCUCACAAGAUGAAGAACACAGCACAGCUCAGAAGAGCAUUCAAGCGGAUGAGACCGUCUUGGGAUCUUCCAAGACGUUUCCACGGGACCAUGCCGGGAGCAGACAUGUUGCAGGGAGGGCCGCAAAGGGCAGACCGCGCUGCGGCGUACCGGAUCCCGUUAAGGUACAGGACGAUGGCCCCUCGCUGAAUGAGAACAGAAGGCAAAAGCGUUACUCUGUUGAUUGGACAAAAUGGAACAAGAACCAUCUGACCUACAGAAUUUUGAACUAUCCAUACCAUUACCGGAUGACUGAGGACCAGGUGGAUGACUCAAUCGAUCGAGCCUUCAAACAAUGGGGUGACGCCACGCCCCUCACCUUCCGUCGGAUCACCUACGGCCAUGCCGAUAUCCAUAUCAAAUUCGCCACGUGGCAUCACGACUGUCCCUACGAGUUCGACGGCAUCAACGGUACCAUCGCACACGCCUUCGUCCCGAACGGUCUCCACGGAGAUUUAGACGGCGACGUGCAUUUCGAUGACUCAGAGGUCUACACUUAUUGGGGCGACGAAGGUUACAACUUGUUCCAGGUUGCUCUGCAUGAGCUGGGACACAGCUUAGGGCUACAGCAUUCGUGGACAGAGGGCGCUGUCAUGGCGCCGGAGUACAGUGGUUACAUACCCGACCUCGCACUGCAGGAAGAUGACAUACGCGCAGCGCAGUUACUCUACGGCACUUUGGAACCAACCAAUUUUGGCGACCCGGAUUCUCCCUGUAACAAGGCUUACGACGCUGCAGCUAUGAUUGAUGGUGUGCUGUACGUGUUUAAGGACCGCCGAUUCUGGCGAAUCAGUCGCCCUGGGAAGGUGAUGACGCCCUCUGCCGGUCUUCCCAUGCGAAAAAGGUUCUUCAAGCUUCCCCGGAUGAUAGACGCGGUGUAUCAGAGACCACAGGACGGCCUUAUUGUCUUUUUUAAAGGGCCAAAUUAUUGGUUAUACAGAGGCAGGCGCCCUUUACCGGGCUAUCCACGGCCAAUCAGCGAGCUUGGCCUACCUGAUGACAUCGAUGCAGUUGUCAUGUUGCAGCGAUACAACACGACGUAUUUCUUCAAAGAUCAUCAGGUAUGGAGAUUUGAUGAAGAAUACCAAUCGGUAGAAUACGGGUAUCCUUACCAUGUGCUGGACGUCUGGGAGGGUAUACCUCCCUUCAUUGACGCGGCCUUCGAUUAUACAGAUGGAUUCACAUAUUUCAUCCAAGGCAAGUCCUACUACAGAUAUAGCAAUGUUUAUCGCAACGCAGACCCUGGUUUCCCUCGCUAUUUCGGGAAUGACUUCAUGGGCUGUUAGGAUUGUCUGAGGGGUGUACAAACCGUUUGAUCCAAGCCAGUUAGAUUGUCUAGCUAUAAGCUACGUCACUGAUGUAAAGGGUCUGCGCAAGUCAUAUCACGUCCUAAGGUCUUCCAUCCCAAAGGAAAAGGACUACAAGUCAGAAAACCAAGAUUUCCGCUCAAGCGAAGUUUUAGGUUUUCUAAAUUAUUUAUUUCAUUUUAUUGUAGCAUGAUCUGUUCGAUCUUAAAAAGGGAAAUAUGAAGGAAUGUAAGUCUUCAUCAUACGGGAUCGGGCCAUAUGCCCCACCCAAAAUAUUUUGAAGUGAGAUUUUUUUUCUUUUCUUACCAUAGAUAAUCUAAGUUCAUUUUCUUAAGUGUUUUGUUGAUAAUUACAAGGGAGUUUGUCACAUGAGAUCUUAGUUAUCAAUUGGAAUUUUUUUAUAAGAAGAUAAACGCCAAAAGGGAUGAUACCCAAAUUAUACGAAUGCACAGUAUGCCACAGUAUGUUACUGUGCAUGUGGCUCUGAUACCACAACGGGUAGAAUACAAUAAUUACAGAACAUUUUGCCAGCAAUUGAAUGUGUUUUAAACGUUUGUCAGGACCAAUCUCGAAGCAUUAUGGAGGCCUAUACCAAUUUUGAAAAGAAUCUUUCAAACAGACGUAGGAGCAAUAAAAGCCUUUGCCACUGAGU